AUGUUCCUCCAACGCACAGCCUUCGCCCUCGCCAGGCGCACCCCUACCCGGGCUCUCGCUGCCCGUCCCUUUUCUUCCUCCGUCACCCGCUUCAACAGCAAGAAGUAUGAGGUGAAGCAGGAGGGCAAGAUCCUUUCUUUCGAUGAGAUCAAGACCGAGGAAGACCUCAUCCCCCCGGGUGCUAAGUCCGGUACCGUUCCCGCCGAUAUCGAGCACGCCACUGGUCUCGAGCGUCUCGAACUCGUCGGAAAGAUGCAGGGCAUUGAUAUCUUCGACAUGCGUCCCCUCGAUGCCUCCCGCAAGGGAACCCUCGAGAACCCCAUCAUCGUCAACGGUGCUGGUGACGAGCAGUACGCUGGUUGCACCGGUUUCCCCGCCGACUCUCACCAGGUCAACUGGCUGACUGUCUCCCGUGACCGCCCCAUCGAGCGCUGCGGCGAGUGCGGUAACGUUGUCAAGCUGAACUACGUCGGCCCCUUGGAGGACCCCCACGCUCACGACCACGACCACGGUCACGGCCACCCUCCCCAUGAGGAGCCCAAGACCUUCGCCGACUUCGUCAAGCCUGAGUACUGGUACCGGUAA